UUUUUAUCUCUUUUGUCUAUGCAAUAGUGUACGCAAAAGAUGGAGGCAUACCCCCUAACUUUGCCAAGGCGAAAGUGCACAUCACAGUGCUGGAUGUGAAUGAUAAUUCUCCUUCUUUCGGGCGGCAGCAUUAUAGCCUGGAAGUGCCUGAGAACCAAGAUCCCGUGGAGCUGUUCACCCUCAAAGCCACAGACCUGGACACUGAAGAGAGUGGACGACUGGAAUAUAAAAUCACUGCUGGUGACCCAGAUGGUGACUUUCGACUUGAUGGUUUCUCUGGAGCUCUGUCUACCUCAAGACCUCUGGACCGAGAACAGAAGAACAGUUAUUCUUUGAAAGUGGUGGUCCAGGAUCACGGCAGCCCGUCUCUGAGCAGCACAGCCACUGUGGAGAUCUCAGUUCUUGAUGUAAACGACAACAGCCCUAAGUUUGGAAGCAGUAGCUACACCGUCGAUGUCUCAGAAGAUGCAGCUGUAGGUUUGGUGGUGUUGGAUGCUACAGCCAUAGACGUGGAUGAAGGCGAAAAUGGUCAGAUCUUAUACUUCCUUAGCCAAGAGGCCAAAGGUGCGUUCACAGUACAUCCAGACACGGGAAAGAUCACAACCACAGCACUCCUGGACCGAGAGAAAAGAGCUUCUUACAUCUUCCAAGUGUAUGCAGUUGAUCUAUCACCCGCUGCUCCCCGCAACACCACAGCCCAGGUGACAAUUAACAUCCUGGACGUCAACGACAAUGCACCAUUCUUCAUCCAAGACCCGCUGAUUAUCAACGUGUCCAGUGGAAGUGUGUCCACGCAUCAGGUGGUGGCCACCAUGAGAGCAGAAGAUAAGGAUUUUGGAGCAAAUGGUUCGGUGUUCUACCGGUUUUCAAUGCCAGUAAGAGGAUUUGCUAUUAACUCGCUAACAGGGGAGAUCCAGACCACCGAGAAGCUCCAGACCCUGACACAAACUCAGCGCACCCUCAUAGUGGAGGCGAUGGACCAGGGCAGUCCUCCCCAGUCUUCUCUAGGAGUGGUGAUCAUCUAUGUGAAGGAGCAAGAUUACAAGGGCAUUCGAUUCUCUCGAACCGCCAGAGAUGUUAGCAUACAGGAGAAUGCAGCUAAAGGCACUGCAGUCGCCCAGGCUCAGGCUCAGCACCCUGAUGGCACCCGAGACGGCAUCACUUACAGCAUCUUCAGUGGGAACAAAUACCAUUCCUUCACCAUCAGCUCUAGUACAGGUGAAAUCUGGGUACAGAGCUCAAAUGGCCUGGAUUUUGAGGACACUCCAAGACUCCGUCUAGUGGUGAAGGCUGAAACUACAUCCUCAAGCUCCUUUAUGGCUGUCAACCUGAUUCUUCAGGAUGUCAAUGACAACCUACCCCGAUUCCAGCUGCAGAACUAUGUGGCUUAUAUGCAUGAAGCACAGGGCUAUGACUUUCCCAUCAUUCAGGUUGUGGCUGAAGAUGUUGACCAGGGUCAGAAUGGUCAGGUGACUUACUCCAUUGAGUCUUCGAGUCAAAGUGGCCUUUUCAAGAUUGACCCUCUAACUGGCAGUAUCACAACUGCGGCCAUUAUGGACAGAGAAAUCUGGACACAGGCACAGCUGGUGAUUAAAGCCACUGAUCGUGGCAGCCCCAAACUAGUAGGCACUGCCACCAUUACAGUGAUUAUUGUCGACCUCAAUGAUAACAGUCCCACCAUCCCCGUGCCACGAGAAGUUAGAGUGCCAGAGAACUCUCUUAUCGGCACUGAGAUCACCCUGGUUACUGGAAAUGAUGUGGAUUCUAGCCCAGUGCUCUCUUACUCUUUACAACUGGAUGCUUCAUCACAGGGAAAAUUUGAUAUCCAUCGUUACAACGGCCGUGUGUCUCUGACAGCACCACUGGACUUUGAGGAGAGGACAUGGUACACAUUGACUAUUCGAGCUUCAGAUUCAAAGCACCAGAGUGAAGCCAAUUUGACUGUGUUGGUGGAGGACGUAAAUGAUAAUGCACCAACUUUUGCACAAGACCUAUAUCAGGUAACACUUCCAGAACAUUCUCCAUCAGGCAGUCCCAUUAUCACAGUAACAGCAACAGAUCGAGAUUCAGGAGAAAAUGGAAAGGUCACUUAUCGAGUGGUGUCUUCAACGAGGGACAGGUUUUACAUUGAUCCUAAAAACGGCACACUUUUCAUCAGACAGAAAGCAGAAUUUGACCCGGAGCAGCCUUCUGUGAGUGUAGUGAUCGAAGCUCGUGAUGGAGGGUCUCCACCGCUGUCAUCUUCUGCUACAGUACAAGUUCAGCUGAUAGACGUCAAUGAUAAUGCCCCUAUAUUCCACCAGUUGGAGUACAAAGCCACAGUGUCUGAGGACCAGUUACCUGGAGCCACCAUCCUAACAUUAGAGGCAGUAGACAGAGACCUAUCUCAGGAAAACUCUGGUUUUGAUUUCGCAAUAGCCAGUGGGAAUAUUGGAAAUGCUUUCCAGAUUGAGAGUAGCGUUCGUUUCAUAGAGGGCCAUGGCUUCCAGACGGUAGGAACCCUGAUCCUAGCAGAGCGACUGGAUUUUGAGGCAUUGUCACGCUAUAAUCUCACCAUCGCGGUCUCGGAUCGUGGUGUUCCCCAACGCAGCUCCAGUGUACCAGCCAUCAUCACAGUCACUGAUGUGAAUGACAACCCUCCUGUCUUUGGCAGAGCUGAGUACAUAGUUUCUUUGAGUGAAGGGGCAGCUGCUGGUACAGAAAUCUUGCGUGUGACUGCAACUGAUCCUGAUUCAGCUCCCUAUGCAGAGGUCCAGUACAGCAUCAGCUCUGGAGAUGAGAUGAAACUCUUCUCUGUGGAUCAGUGGACUGGGGCAGUGAGGCUUCAAAAACCUUUGGACAGAGAGAGCCGAACAUCUCAUGUGGUUAUAGUACAAGCCUCAGAUGGCCAUGGUCAUUUUGCCUUGGCUCCUAUUAGUGUAGAGGUUAAGGACAUCAAUGACAACAGACCUUACUUUCCCAUUGCUACAUUGACAGCCAGUAUUCGUGAGAACCAGCCACCCAACUCUGCCGUGACUGUAUUACAUGCAAUCGAUUAUGAUACAGGUGUUUAUGGACAGCUGAAGUAUUAUUUAAUGGACCACGCAGGAAAGGACAUCUUCUUGGUGGAUCCAAAUUCGGGAGAAGUUCGAACCAGGCAGAUUUUUGAUUUUGAGAAGGUGAACUCAUUUAACUUCAUUGCUUUGGCUGUGGAUGCAGGCAAUAACUCGGCUACUGUCACAGUGCAGGUCUACGUAACAGGAGAGGAUGAGUAUGACCCAGUUUUCACCACUUCAGACUUGUCCUUUGAGGUACCAGAGGGAGCCAAGAAAGGUCAGAGUAUUGGGCAAGUACAGGCCAAAGAUGAGGAUGGUGGGGUGGAUGGGAUUGUACUCUACUCCUUCCCCAAUUCCUCUCCUUACUUUGAUGUGAAUAAGACCACCGGUAUAAUCUACCUAAAGAUGGACAGCUCAGGGAGCUCAAGCGGAGGGAGUCGCUCAAAGAGGGAGACUCGCCUAAUGACUAUGGAUGUGACUGCCCACAGCCCUCUUGACACCUCAAGAAUAGCUUCCGCUCAGGUCACCAUUGACGUUACCAACACAUCCUUUGGUCUUGCAACAGACUUUAACGUCCUCUUGGUGAGCAUAAUUGCUGCCUCUCUUGGAGUAAUAGUCCUGUUAGUCAUAAUUGCUGUAGCACUUUAUCUAGUAAGAUCAAAGCGCAAGAAGAAAGGACAAGACACUGGGAAUAGUACCGUAUCUUCAGGCACAGCUUUGCAGAAGUUGGAUGAGUCUAAACCCACAGGGGGUGACAGGAUCUAUCAUCAGGCGCUUCCUGGAUAUGCAGGUGAAGAAGAAGGAACUGGUGGAGGCUCAUAUACUCGAGGAGGAUCUCUAGAUCCUUCUCACUCCAGUGGACGGGGAUCUGCAGAAGCAGCAGAGGAUGACGAAAUCCGUAUGAUCAAUGAAUAUCCAAGAGUUGCAAGCAUUACCUCCUCCAUGCAAGAGCACAUUUCUGCCAGGGGCCCUGAUUCAGGUAUCCAACAGGAUGCAGACCAACUCUCUGAUAUUUCUUGUGAACCAGGACCACUUGAUGCAAGCCAGUGGUUCAAAACUAAGAAACUUGGGAGCAUCAGUGGGAGUCUCAGUGGUACCCUACUCUCUGGUCAGCUCCCAGCCUACAGAGACGAAGGUGGGGGCUACCUUGGAGUAGGUCGUGGGUUAAAUAUUUCCCACCCAAAAGAUUAUUCUUUCCCUGAGGAUGGCAAACCCUCGGUCGAUGGCUCCCUCACAGCCAUAGUGGCAAGUGAUGAGGAACUGCGAGGCAGCUACAACUGGGACUACCUUCUCAACUGGUGCCCUCAGUUCCAACCCUUAGCCAGUGUCUUUACAGAGAUUGCCAGGCUAAAGGAUGAGAACUUACCUCCCAACAAUCCACGCAGACCCUUCCAACCCAAAGUUAAGAUAGAUCCCAAGCCAAGAAUUGACCCUCCACCACUCAUUACCUCAGUGGCUCAUCCGGGAGCCAAAUCUGUCCCACCUAAGCCUGCCAUAGCACGGACGUUUCAUCACUUAGCAUCUCUAAGGCGUUCACCUAUAAGCCACGAGGGCUCCAUCUCCUCAGCAGCCAUGUCUCCUAGUUUCUCCCCUUCACUGUCCCCACUUGCUGCACGGUCCCCAGCUGUCUCCCCAUUUGGUGUCACUCAAGGUCCCUCAGCCUCCAUCAUCAGCACCACAGAGCACUCUCUGGAGAACAGUGAUGAGGCGGAGAUGAGGAUUUAAUGCAACAUUGCAUUCUAUUUUGUGGAGGCCAUUUUGUCUUUUGAUAAGACACUUUACUCGCUCUUAGUAAUGUUGCAUACCUGGAAAGGCAGUCGCUCAGCCGUAAUGGUGACGCAGGUGUCUGGUUACUAAAAGGGUAAAAAACAUUGUGUGGCGACAUUACCCUUCUUCAGAGCCACCGCAGUGUUGAUGUGAAGAGUUGUGUGUGGCUUUGUUUUGUCUCACUGGCUGGCCAGGGAGGCAAGACGCUGAAUGCUCCUUUGGUUUUUUCCUUUUUAUAUUGAUGACUCAAACAGCUUUGAAACUGCAGUGUUAUGUUAAGUCCAUCCAAAAUAGCUGCUAUUGUCAUACUUUGUAGGUUGCAAUGAGAACUUUGUAGAAACUCAAACUGAUGUCAUUAUGUAUGUUUGUUUAUGACUGGGAUUUUUUUUUUUUUUUUUUUUUUUACAGUGCUACUCAGUUUCAUUUACAUUUUUUUAAAUGGAGGACUUGCCAUUGCUUUGAGUGUUCGUACAUUUUAGUGACAUUCUUUGUAUGUAUAUUUAUAUGUAUGCUAGCCAUAAUAAGUGUAUUAUCAUUGUAUAGUGUCUAGGAUCACCAUACUGUGCGGUUGUGAAAUUUUGUGACACUUGUAAUGUGAAUGAUUGGAAGAUUGUUGUAUUUUAUUAUUUAUAAACAGAAAGGCUGAAAUUGUUGAAACUUCCCAUGUUGCAUAGUGUUGUAUUAUAGUUCUUUUGAAGUUGUAUUGUCCCUUGCCCUUUCAACUAGAUUGUUAGCAUCUUAGCUAAUUUAUUUAAAAAAAAAAAAAGAAAAAAAAAAGGCAAUACUUUUUUCGGCUCAUCUGAACCUUUCGGGAAAUUGGUAAAACUUAAAAGACUCUUUUCUGUGUAAAUAGUUUCUUACAAAACUGCAGCUCUCUCACACUGUUUUGUGCUGCUUUUUCUGACAAUAAAAAAGUUUUGUAUUGUCUACAUAACCUAUAGUUGGUUUAUUGAUAAGUUUAGCCCAUAAUCUGGGAUGCAGUUUAUUUACUUUUCAGAAUGAAGUGAAUCACUAGGAAAUUGACCUUUUUUUGUAAUAGUCAGUGAAUGUUUUCUGCUUUGAGAAGAAAUUUCAGAAGUGCCCUGCUUUUUUUCCUCUCUCUCAAUCUUUGUGGAAAGCGAUUUAAGCAUUUGAAUGACCUUCCAGAGCUGUUUUGCUACCUCUGGUGCAUGCCUGAUACCGUCACUGCCUCAAGUAUAACUGGCCCCUGUUUAGCACCCAGAAAAGAUGCAAGGAAAAGAGGGACCUGGCAUUUUUGAAGACUUACACAAUUCAUCUUAAAAGUUGACAAUUGUCUCACAGUAUGGAAAACAUCACUUUCCAAGACGACUGCCUGCAUUCCGGCAGCAGUACAGUUUAAAUCAUCUGUACAUAUUUAAAUAUUAAAUUCCUACUGAUUUCUUUUGUCAAA